UCCAAAUCGACGAAUGAAAUCCGAGGUCAAGUCUUCGGCCACUCUUACGUGAUCCAAAGUUAUUUCCUCAGUGAUUACAAGCAAACAAACGGCCGAAGUUGGCUUUCCUUUUCAAGCAAAGAGCUACAUAUUCUGRCCAUCUAAUCAAAAAAUAGAAAAUUACAUGGAAUAUUUGAUAUAAGASACCAUGGCAGAGGAUAAAGAACCAAUAAUUGAUGAUCAACAUGAAGGAAAUACCAAGAAAGAUAAGAAAUGUUGCCCAAACGUUAACCGAACACUUUUAGUCCCGAAAGGGUUUUACUUCUUCUUCUUCUCUGCAUGGGGAUCGCUGUUACCAUAUCUAGCAUUAUACUUUAAGCAGUUAAUGUUAUCACCAAGCGAAGUUGGCAUUUUAAUGGGCUUAAAACCGUUUGUCAAUUUUCUGGUAAUCCCAAUUUGGGGAGCAAUAGUUGACAAGUGCCACAAGAGUAAACUAGUACUAAUUAUAUCAAUGAUUGCGCUUAUAUCUACGACAUUUUCUCUGUCUCUCGUUCCUGCUCCCAAAGAACGAAAAAUUGUGGUUAGACGAAUGUGCAAUAUGACGGGAGUGAGCCAUCCUAAUUUUAUUCACCGGCCAGUUCUAGAUAACCCAGAUGACGAGAUCAUGGAGCCGGGCGAGAUUGACAAGAUGGUUGACUUUGAAAAGGAUAAGUACCUACCAUAUUUCUAUAAAGAACCAAGUCCAUGGCCUUUAGAAGUAAUUACCAACCUGGAACAGCGCACUACAGAAAUAGUGAGACGAGAAUUUGACACAACAAAGGCAUUUAUUACAUUGUUUCUAAUUACUUUCUGUGGGACUCUCUUCUCUGCGCCGACCCUCGCUUUGGUAGACACAGCAACCAUUCAGCUUCUUGGUACCGAGACAUAUAAGUAUGGCAUGCAAAGACUAACGGGGUCAGUGGGAUGGGGUGUGGGUGCGUUUGUUGUUGGUGCCUCAUUGGAAACCACCAAUAAAUGCAGCCAUCACAAAAGCUAUGAAAUAGUCGACUACAUUCCCUGCUUUUACACGUUUGCCGUUUUAAUGUUUCUUGGUUUGUUAGUCGCCACAAGGUUUCAUUUUGAUGAGAGUGAAAGGACGUCACGAGCAGGUGGUUUGCGGGUCGGGCUACGCGCUCUCAAGAGCCCUAAAUACAUCAUGUUUCUAUUUACUGCUCUCUACUUGGGAUUCUUAAUGGCGUUUAUCAAGACAUUUCUAUUCUGGCAUCUCAAAGACAAGGGCGGAAGCCAACUUCUGUUCAGUAUAAUAUCUGCCGUCAAUUGCUUUGCUGAAGUUAGUAUGUACUUUUUAUCAGCCAGACUUAUCAAAAAGAUAGGACAUGCUAAGGUGUUGUACCUUGGACUUAUAUGUUAUGCGAUUAGACUAUUUUAUUAUUCCGCCAUUCCUAAUCCGUGGAUGGUGUUAGCUGUAGAGCUUUUACCAGGUAUAACCACAGCAGCAGURUGGGCAGCCUGUUUAUCUUACGUAAGCAUCAACUCGGGCCCAGGCGCAGCCACGACCAUGCAGUGUAUAUUGCAUGGAGUSCACUGGGGGCUUGGGUACGGUGCUGGGGAGGUUAUAGGGGGUAUAAUGGUUCACCAUUACGGUGCACCCUUCACGUUCGUGUUCUUUGGUGUCGUAUGCCUCAUAAUGUUGGCAAUGUAUAUGUUCAUAAACAAUGUCUUUGGAUCAAAAGACGAUAAGGACAUCGGUGGAUGCAAAGAAGUAGGAAUGGAAUCUGAAGAGGACAUUGCCGAAACCAAACAAACCAUGGAUAAAAAAGAAAAACAUGGUCACAACAAAAACACCAACGAAGAGGAAGAGUCUGAACAUGGCAGUCCCAAAAAGAUGAUUUUUGGUUUUGAAAAAAGAUAUCUGAUUCCUAAAGGAUUCUACUUUUUCUUCUUUGCGGCUCAAGGCUCCUUGUUACCGUAUCUAUCGUUGUUUCUAAAGCAGCUUGAGCUGCCAGCAAGUCGUGUAGGAAUCAUUACCGGUAUAAAGCCUUAUAUUGCAUUUUUCUUCAUACCCGUAUGGAGUGCAGUAGCAGAUCGCUACCAAAAGAGCAAACUKAUUUUCAUCAUCUCGAUGAUGGCCAUCAACUUUGGCCUGGUUGCAUAUGCCUUUGCACCYAUAGAUCUUUGUGAGGAAAAUCACUCUGUGUCAAAGAAGACCCGAGAUGUUAAAGCAUCGAACUUGUCGACUUACCUGGAACAGCUCUCUAUGAUGGCUGAAGACUCCUUAGAUGAGACUCCAUGGCCACAAAGUGAUGGAACGGCAUUCCAAGACACKGGGCAAGUGCAUCGUAAGAAGACGAUAAACGUCUUCCUGUACUUGCUCUUUGUCACAAUAUUAAGUACCACUCUCUCUUGUCCAAGUCUGACCUUAGGAGACUCGGCUACUGUCCAGCAGCUCAAAGAAAACAACGAGACUCAUAAAUAUGGCAAGCAAAGACUUUGGGGUUCAAUUGGCUGGGGWUCCAUGGCUUUUCUUGUCGGUGCAGCUGUUAGUAAGACCCAYCUGUGUCCGCCAGGCAGUGCAAAACGCAAGGACGUCAAUUAUUAUCCUUGCUUUGCAACGUAUGGGUUAUUCAUGUUGAUCGCUCUUUUGAUUGGCUUUAAAUUGAAAUUUGACAAUAAACAACCAAAACGAGAAGACGGUUCGGAGGAAGAGAAAGAAGAAACCAAUACCAGUCAGUUUGUCCAGGAAAAAACCAGAGGAAUAAUAGAYGGAAUGCGCCUUAUGUUGACACCACGACACACYAUGUUCCUGGUCACUGUAUUUGUUGUUGGAAUUUGCAUGGGACUAAUCAAGGUAUUCCUAUUUUGGCAUCUAAAGGACCUUGGAGGCUCACAACUUCUCUUUAGCUACAUGUCAGCGGUAAAUUGCAUAGCGGAAGUGAGUGUUUACUUCCUKUCAGGCAAGCUAAUAUCCAGACUGGGGCACAUCCGUGUUCUGUAUYUGGGMUUGCUGUGUUAUUCUAUAAGACUUUUCUUCUAUGCCAUYGUCAAAAGACCUUGGUAUGUAUUGCCGAUUGAGACACUAUCKGGUAUUACUACUGCGGCAGUGUGGGCUUCUCUUAUGUCGUACGUUGGUAUACAUUCAUUGGAAGGAGUCAAUGUCAUACUACAAGGAAUACUACACAGUGUGCACUGGGGCCUGGGCCAUGGUUGBGGGGAGUUCAUUGGUGGAUUUUUCAUUAGUGCGUAUGGAGCCUCCACCACGUUUACYAUAUUUGGUCUCAUCAGUCUCCUUGACUUGAUCGCCUACAUAUUGGUUGAUAAGUUCGCUGAAGAGGACAAACCCCCAAGUGACGAUGGCUAUAUUAUACUCAGUCAUUCAGACAUGGAAUUAGAUCAGAAAAAAAAAAACAUUAAACGACCUCAUCUGAAUGCGGCAUUAGGACAUUACAUUAACAAGAACAAUGCUGAACAUUGAUAUUUCAUAAGCAUGCUAUAUGAUAUAAAUAUAUCAUAAGACAAACAAAAAAAAUAAAAAAGUAAUGCGAAUUUAUAUUAAAUUCACAAUGAAAGAAAAUAAACUAAUUGUUAACAAAUGUUYUCUUAGGUAGAUAGGAGUGUUUGAAAGCACGGCCCGCUUACCACCCCUACUUCGCCAUAAAUAUCAURAUUAUCAAAAUACAAACGAGUUUUUAGUUUGAAGCUUKGAAGUAGCAAUGCAACGAUUUCUGCUGUGACAAUUGWCAAAGAAGACAUCAAAAUGGGUGAAAGAGAUUUUAGUGCUGUGAUACUUUUAAAGAUCGCUCGUUCAAAAUAUAAAAACAGAAACGGAGACUCAUUAAAUAGCGACUAAAGAUCUUGAAAUAUAUUACAGCAAAUAGCCGACUAGCGAAUUUCGCCUCAGUAGUCACACACAAAGGAAUCAAGACGAGG